UAUCCCAUCUCCGCGCGGCAGCCGGCCCUGCGGCCGCACGUGCACAAGCAGCCGGAGAAGACGACCCGCGUGCGGACGGUGCUCAACGAGAAGCAGCUGCACACGCUGCGGACCUGCUACGCCGCCAACCCGCGGCCCGACGCGCUCAUGAAGGAGCAGCUGGUGGAGAUGACCGGCCUGAGCCCGCGCGUGAUCCGGGUCUGGUUCCAGAACAAGCGCUGCAAGGACAAGAAGCGCAGCAUCAUGAUGAAGCAGCUGCAGCAGCAGCAGCCCAAUGACAAGACCAACAUCCAGGGGAUGACAGGAACUCCCAUGGUGGCCGCCAGUCCCGAGAGGCACGACGGUGGCUUGCAGGCCAACCCCGUGGAGGUGCAGAGUUACCAGCCACCGUGGAAAGUACUGAGCGACUUCGCUUUGCAGAGUGACAUAGAUCAGCCUGCUUUUCAGCAACUGGUCAAUUUCUCCGAGGGAGGACCGGGCUCGAACUCCACCGGCAGCGAAGUGGCCUCCAUGUCCUCGCAGCUCCCGGACACCCCCAACAGCAUGGUGGCCAGCCCCAUCGAGGCCUGAGAACACUCACGCAGAUGCAUUUUUUUCCCUGUUGGAGACAGUGGGCGCCCAUCCCGUUGAACUCCGAAACACGAGUAUUUAACGACCCAGUCCAUGGAAACUGAAUUGAGGAAAUGAAUGCUCCAUGAAAUGCACGAAGUCUGUUUUAAUGACAAGGUAAUAUGGUAGCAACACUGUGAAGACAAUCAUGGGAUUUUACUAGAAUGAAAACAAACAACAAAGCAAAACCCGAACCCAACACUCACUAUCCAGUGACCUUAGGAGGACUGAGGAAAAAAAAAAAGACGUUUUUAAAACGUAGAGGAUUUAUAUUCAAGGAUCUCAAAAAAAAAAAAAAAAAAA